UACAGAGGAUGGAGUAUUACUGUGGUCCUUGUGAGACCGCAAUGUGUGAAGAGUGUACAGAGGGAGAGCACAGAGAACACUGUACUGUCCCCCUGAGAGACGUCCUAGAGCAGCACAAAACAUCACUGCGCACCCAGCUAGAUACCAUCAGGAACAGAAUUCCUCAGUUGACUUCUGCCAUUGACCUUGUGAGUGAGAUUAAUCUACAGCUGAGUGAGCGUAAGAACACGGCAGUUAGUGAGAUCUGCGCUGCCUUUGAGGAGCUGGAGAAAGCACUGCAGCUCAGGAAGAGCGCUCUGCUGCAGGAUCUGGAGGCAGUGUGUGUGAGCAAGCAGAAGGUCCUGCAAGGUCAGCUCUCCUUACUUCGCCAGGGCUUAGAUAACAUGGAAAGCAGCGUGCGUUUCACAGACCAGGCUCUUGGCCAUGGCUCAGAGACAGAGGUCCUACUGGUUAGGAAACAAAUGAGUGAAAGGUUGAGUGAACUGGGCUCUCGUGACUUUCCACUGCAUCCACAACAGAACCCACAGCUGGAGUUUCGAGUGGAGACAGAAGGCCUGAGACGCUCUCUGCAGAACCUUGGAGCUCUACUUACCACUAGUGCCGUGGCUUAUGCCUCAGUAGCCACAGGGGAAGGUUUACGUCAGGCCUUGGUGGGACACCAGACAUCAGUUACUGUCACCACUAAAGACAAGGAUGGGGAGCUGGUUCGCAGUGGUAAUGCCAAACUACAGGCUCAGUUAUCUGGUCCAGAUGGGGGGUCCCAAGAUGGAGAGGUAACUGACAACAAGAAUGGAACAUACGAGGUUCUUUAUACCCCUCGACAGGAGGGAGAGCACAUCUUGUCCCUUCGUCUCUAUGGGCAGCCUCUACGUGGCAGCCCAUUCAGGGUGCGUGUUAUAAAGCCAGGUGACGUGCCUGCAUCGCCUGAGGAUGUCAAGCGCAGAGUAAAAUCUCCCAGUGGAGGGCACAUCCGCCAGAAGGCAGUGAGAAGACCGUCUAGUAUGUACAGCACCAGCAAAAAGAAAGAAAACCCGAUAGAAGAUGAGAUGAUCCUGCGAGUGGGGUCUCGUGGUCGGGAUAAAGGUGAAUUCUCCAACCUGCAGGGAAUCUCAACCUCUAGCAAUAACCGGAUUGUGGUAGCCGACAGCAACAAUCAAUGUAUUCAGGUUUGUGUCUCUAUGAUGCUGUUGUCUGCCCCCUCACUAGUACACCUCCUCCCUAUACACACACGUAUUGUCUCCUCCUCACUGCACACAUCUGUACCUCCUCCCUAUACACACACGUAUUGUCUCCUCCUCACUGCACACAUCUGUACCUCCUCCCUAUACACACGCGUAUUGUCUCCUCCUCACUGCGCACAUCUGUACCUCCCCCUAUACACACACGUAUUGUCUCCUCCUCACUGCACACAUCUGUACCUCCCCCUAUACACACACGUAUUGUCUCCUCCUCACUGCACACAUCUGUACCUCCCCCCUAUACACACACGUAUUGUCUCCUCCUCACUGCACACAUCUGUACCUCCUCCCUAUACACACACGUAUUGUCUCCUCCUCACUGCGCACAUCUGUACCUCCCCCCUAUACACACACGUAUUGUCUCCUCCUCACUGCACACAUCUGUACCUCCCCCCUAUACACACACGUAUUGUCUCCUCCUCACUGCACACAUCUGUACCUCCCCCCUAUACACACACGUAUUGUCUCCUCCUCACUGCACACAUCUGUACCUCCCCCCUAUACACACACGUAUUGUCUCCUCCUCACUGCACACAUCUGUACCUCCCCCCUAUACACACACGUAUUGUCUCCUCCUCACUGCAUACAUCUGUACCUCGUUCCUAUACACACACGUAUUGUCUGCUCCUCACUGCACACAUCUGUACCUCCCCCUAUACACACACGUAUUGUCUCCUCCUCACUGCACACAUCUGUACCUCCCCCCUAUACACACACGUAUUGUCUCCUCCUCACUGCACACAUCUGUACCUCCCCCUAUACACACACGUAUUGUCUCCUCCUCACUGCACACAUCUGUACCUCCUCCCUAUACACACACGUAUUGUCUCCUCCUCACUGCGCACAUCUGUACCUCCCCCCUAUACACACACGUAUUGUCUCCUCCUCACUGCACACAUCUGUACCUCCCCCCUAUACACACACGUAUUGUCUCCUCCUCACUGCGCACAUCUGUACCUCCCCCCUAUACACACACGUAUUGUCUCCUCCUCACUGCGCACAUCUGUACCUCCCCCCUAUACACACACGUAUUGUCUCCUCCUCACUGCACACAUCUGUACCUCCCCCCUAUACACACACGUAUUGUCUCCUCCUCACUGCACACAUCUGUACCUCCCCCCUAUACACACACGUAUUGUCUCCUCCUCACUGCACACAUCUGUACCUCCCCCCUAUACACACACGUAUUGUCUCCUCCUCACUGCACACAUCUGUACCUCCCCCCUAUACACACACGUAUUGUCUCCUCCUCACUGCAUACAUCUGUACCUCGUUCCUAUACACACACGUAUUGUCUGCUCCUCACUGCACACAUCUGUACCUCCCCCUAUACACACACGUAUUGUCUCCUCCUCACUGCACACAUCUGUACCUCCCCCCUAUACACACACGUAUUGUCUCCUCCUCACUGCACACAUCUGUACCUCCCCUAUACACACACGUAUUGUCUCCUCCUCACUGCACACAUCUGUACCUCCUCCCUAUACACACACGUAUUGUCUCCUCCUCACUGCGCACAUCUGUACCUCCCCCCUAUACACACACGUAUUGUCUCCUCCUCACUGCACACAUCUGUACCUCCCCCCUAUACACACACGUAUUGUCUCCUCCUCACUGCGCACAUCUGUACCUCCCCCCUAUACACACACGUAUUGUCUCCUCCUCACUGCGCACAUCUGUACCUCCCCCCUAUACACACACGUAUUGUAUCCUCCUCACUGCACACAUCUGUACCUCCCCCCUAUACACACACGUAUUGUCUCCUCCUCACUGCACACAUCUGUACCUCCCCCUAUACACACACGUAUUGUCUCCUCCUCACUGCACACAUCUGUACCUCCCCCUAUACACACACGUAUUGUCUCCUCCUCACUGCGCACAUCUGUACCUCCCCUAUACACACACGUAUUGUCUCCUCCUCACUGCGCACAUCUGUACCUCCCCCUAUACACACACGUAUUGUCUCCUCCUCACUGCACACAUCUGUACCUCCCCCUAUACACACAUGUAUUGUCUCCUCCUCACUGCACACAUCUGUACCUCCCCCUAUACACACGUAUUGUCUCCUCCUCACUGCACACAUCUGUACCUCCCCCCUAUACACACACGUAUUGUCUCCUCCUCACUGCGUACAUCUGUACCUCCCCCCUAUACACACACGUAUUGUCUCCUCCUCACUGCGUACAUCUGUACCUCCCCCCUAUACACACACGUAUUGUCUCCUCCUCACUGCGCACAUCUGUACCUCCUCCUAUACACACACGUAUUGUCUCCUCACUGCACACAUCUGUACCUCCCCCCUAUACACACACGUAUUGUCUCCUCCUCACUGCACACAUCUGUACCUCCUCCUAUACACACACGUAUUGUCUCCUCACUGCACACAUCUGUACCUCCCCCCUAUAAACACACGUAUUGUCUCCUCCUCACUGCACACAUCUGUACCUCCCCCUAUACACACACGUAUUGUCUCCUCCUCACUGCGCACAUCUGUACCUCCCCCUAUACACACACAUAUUGUCUCCUCCUCACUGCGCACAUCUGUACCUCCUCCCUAUACACACACGCAUUGUCUCCUCCUCACUGCAUACAUCUGUACCUCCUCCUAUACACACACGUAUUGUCUCCUCCUCACUGCACACAUCUGUACCUCCUCCCUAUACACACACGUAUUGUCUCCUCCUCACUGCACACAUCUGUACCUCCUCCUAUACACACACGUAUUGUCUCCUCCUCACUGCACACAUCUGUACCUCCCCCUAUACACACACGUAUUGUCUCCUCCUCACUGCACACAUCUGUACCUCCCCCUAUACACACACGCAUUGUCUCCUCCUCACUGCACACAUCUGUACCUCCCCCCUAUACACACACGUAUUGUCUCCUCCUCACUGCACACAUCUGUACCUCCCCCCUAUACACACACGUAUUGUCUCCUCCUCACUGCACACAUCUGUACCUCCCCCUAUACACACACGUAUUGUCUGACCCUCACUGCACACAUCUGUACCUCCCCCUAUACACACACGUAUUGUCUGACCCUCACUGCACACAUCUGUACCUCCCCCUAUACACACACGUAUUGUCUCCUCCUCACUGCGCACAUCUGUACCUCCCCCUAUACACACACGUAUUGUCUCCUCCUCACUGCACACAUCUGUACCUCCCCCCUAUACACACACGUAUUGUCUGCUCCUCACUGCACACAUCUGUACCUCCCCCUAUACAAACACGUAUUGUCUCCUCCUCACUGCACACAUCUGUACCUCCCCCCUAUACACACACGUAUUGUCUCCUCCUCACUGCACACAUCUGUACCUCCUCCUAUACACACACGUAUUGUCUCCUCCUCACUGCACACAUCUGUACCUCCCCCCUAUACACACACGUAUUGUCUCCUCCUCACUGCACACAUCUGUACCUCCCCCCUAUACACACACGUAUUGUCUCCUCCUCACUGCGCACAUCUGUACCUCCCCCCUAUACACACACAUAUUGUCUCCUCACUGCACACAUCUGUACCUCCCCCUAUACACACACGUAUUGUCUCCUCCUCACUGCACACAUCUGUACCUCCCCCUAUACACACACGUAUUGUCUCCUCCUCACUGCACACAUCUGUACCUCCCCCCUAUACACACACGUAUUGUCUCCUCCUCACUGCACACAUCUGUACCUCCUCCUAUACACACACGUAUUGUCUCCUCCUCACUGCACACAUCUGUACCUCCCCCUAUACACACACGUAUUGUCUCCUCCUCACUGCACACAUCUGUACCUCCCCCUAUACACACACGUAUUGUCUCCUCCUCACUGCACACAUCUGUACCUCCCCCUAUACACACACGUAUUGUCUCCUCACUGUAUUGUCUCCUCCUCACUGCACACAUCUGUACCUCCCCCUAUACACACACGUAUUGUCUCCUCCUCACUGCACACAUCUGUACCUCCCCCUAUACACACACGUAUUGUCUCCUCCUCACUGCACACAUCUGUACCUCUCCCUAUACACAGACGUAUUGUCUCCUCCUCACUGCACACAUCUGUACCUCCCCCCUAUACACACACGUAUUGUCUCCUCCUCACUGCACACAUCUGUACCUCCCCCCUAUACACACACGUAUUGUCUCCUCCUCACUGCACACAUCUGUACCUCCCCCCUAUACACACACGUAUUGUCUCCUCCUCACUGCACACAUCUGUACCUCCCCCUAUACACACACAUAUUGUCUCCUCCUCACUGCACACAUCUGUACCUCCUCCCUAUACACACACGUAUUGUGUCCUCCUCACUGCGCACAUCUGUACCUCCCCCUAUACACACACAUAUUGUCUGCUCCUCACUGCACACAUCUGUACCUCCUCCCUAUACACACACGUAUUGUCUCCUCCUCACUGCACACAUCUGUACCUCCCCCUAUACACACACAUAUUGUCUGCUCCUCACUGCACACAUCUGUACCUCCUCCCUAUACACACACGUAUUGUCUCCUCCUCAAUGCACACAUCUGUACCUCCUCAUAUACACACACGUAUUGUCUCCUCACUGCACACAUCUGUACCUCCCCCCUAUACACACACGUAUUGUCUCCUCCUCACUGCACACAUCUGUACCUCCCCCCUAUACACACACGUAUGUUCUGCCCCUCACUGCGCACAUCUGUACCUCCUCCCUAUACACACACGUAUUGUCUCCUCCUCACUGCACACAUCUGUACCUCCCCCUAUACACACACAUAUUGUCUGCUCCUCACUGCACACAUCUGUACCUCCUCCCUAUACACACACGUAUUGUCUCCUCCUCAAUGCACACAUCUGUACCUCCUCAUAUACACACACGUAUUGUCUCCUCACUGCACACAUCUGUACCUCCCCCCUAUACACACACGUAUUGUCUCCUCCUCACUGCACACAUCUGUACCUCCCUCCUAUACACACACGUAUUGUCUCCUCCUCACUGCACACAUCUGUACCUCCCCCCUAUACACACACGUAUUGUCUCCUCCUCACUGCA